AUGUUUUUUGAGCAAUGACACACAAACACCCUCUCUCCUAGAGAGCUGCCACAGAGUAAACGGACUGUAGAAAAUACACUGUUUUAUAAAUGAUGAAAAUUGUAGAUAAAAGUAUGGCGCUGACCAGUAUAUUUCUCGUUGGCGUUUUUCUCCUUGUUGUACCAACAGGAGGAUCCCUGAUCAAAUUCUACAGCAAAUUUACUCUCAGCAAACGGCUUGUUGGACAUACCCUUUACAAUAUGACAGUCCGGGGGCCUCAACAUUGCAUCGAAGAAUGCGUCACCCGAAAACUCUGCGAGUCCAUCAAUUUCAACAAAUACCUUCAUUUGUGUGAGCUGAGAACCUCCACAGCCGGUCGUUUUCCCGGGGAAUACGUCGAUGAUCCGAAUUAUGACUAUCUGGACAUCUCUGCAAUAUCCUACAGUUCUGGAGAUUCUUGUUUAACUUCAAAUAACUGCGACCCGGGGAAGCUGUGUGUCAAUUUACACAACACAAACCCAGUCUGUAUUCCAGAUAUCUCGCACGACACGUGUACAGCGGAACCCCCCACCAUCCGGGGAACUGCCAUCAACGUCACAGAUCGAGCGGUGGGUUCCGUUCUGACGUACGAGUGUCUACCCGGAUACAACGCAACGGGAGACAACCCAAACACAACGUGCCGAAUUGAUGGGUCUUGGUCUAAGGCCAACUUGACAUGUGACAAUGGCAUUGACUCCUGCCUUGCAGACCCAAACUGCUUCUUGCCGAUGGAUUUCACAUUUGACGACUCAUACAAUGCUUGCUAUGGCGAUAUGUACAUCAAAAACUCCACCUACAACCCUGGAAAAUACGUGGGAAUAAUCCUUUGUUCUCCAACAAGAUACCAUCUGUUUCUGAGUGACGACAUCUACGGUAUGUUCUACAACAUCGCGGACGGGUCCGGAUCCGGCGACGACCACUGUGAGCUGAUUGGAGGAACCACUUCGACGGCCUUAGAAUCUCCGGACUACAAUCAAAGUCCCGACAUCCAAGGGUAUUACCGGCAACAGAUGAAUGAACCUUUUAAUUUUGGAGAUAUUGGGUAUCUGGGGCCAUCGUACAAUUGGUUUGGAACGUGGAUCGAAUGUGGAGUUACCAUUCCUGACGAUGUAUACGUCCAUUGAAAGUGAAAUAUUCUAAGGAGACACGUGACCGGUACGCGGGAGAAAACCCAAAUGGACAGUUACGUGUGCAUGCUAAUAUCUUUAGAGGAAGUUUUCAAUCUAGGUUGUUCCUUGUCUUUUUUAUAGAGAAAUUUGUUUGUUGUUUUU